AUGGCGCAGCAGCGCCGUGUCCAGCUGUCCACGCAGCGCCCCGGCAGCACCGUGUGCGUGCUGGGCACCGAGCUGGCCCUGGACGUGUGCGGCUCGGCUCCGCGGGGCGCCGUCUCUUUCCAGGUUCAGGCCACGCCGGGGGUGAGGCUCUGGCUGCUGCACGAGGCCCAGAGUGUGAAGCUGCCCUCGAGCGUCAGUCGCUGGCCCCUGGCCCCUAGCCCCGAGCUGCUGCUGGCCAUGGACGCUCCCAGCAAGGACGUGGGCGACGAGAAGGUCAGGAUUUCCUAUUUCCGUGAGGCCGGCGGGGUUCCCGUGGGCCGGGCCUUGCUCUACCUCACCUGUGUGGAGGUGUCGCUGGAUGCUGAUGUCAACCGCAGCGGGGCCGUGAGCCGGACACUGCUGGACAAGACCAGCUGGACGUGGGGCCCCGAGGGCCAUGGGGCCGUGCUGCUCGUGAACUGCGACCGCGACGACGCCGGCGCCGAGGGCCCGGACAACGAGGACAGCGCCGUGCUCUCCUACAACGACCUGCAGGACAUGGCACAGUUGGUGCUGAGGACACGCGGGCCCCGCGCCAUCUUCACCGGGCACCGCCUGCUGCUCCACGUGGACUUUGGUGACGCUGACAAAAUCGGCGUUUUCUAUGGUGGCAGCAGUGGGGAGCUGGAGAAGUUCAGGCACGUCCUGGGGGGCUCCAAGCUGGCCUACAGCGUGCGGCCGAGCCGGCAUUGCCACGAGAGCAUCUUCUACGUGGAGGGCCUGGCCUUCCCUGACCUGGCCUUCUCCGGCCUCGUGUCCCUGCACGUCACCCUGCUCGAGAGCCCCGAGAAGGGCCUUCUGGAGUCGCCGAUCUUCACGGACUCCGUGGUUUUCCGUGUGGCUCCCUGGAUCAUGACGCCCAACACGGCAGCACCGCUCGAGGUCUUUGUCUGCAGUGUGGAUGGCAACGAGGAGUUCGUGGCGGCCGUGGGCAUGCUGGCCGAGCAGGCACAGUGCCCUCUGACCGUGUGCCCGGUGCCACAGAACCGCCAGGACCGCUGGAUCCAGGAUGAGAUGGAGUUCGGCUACGUCCAAGCUCCUUACAAAACCUUCCCCGUGGUCUUUGACUCGCCCCGGGACCGUGGCCUGAAGGAUUUUCCCGUCAGGAGCAUCCUGGGCCCUGAUUUUGGCUACGUGGCCCGGCAGGCUCCGGAAGGCGCUUCCAGCCUGGAUUCCUUUGGGAAUUUGGAGGUGAGCCCACCCGUGACAGUGCAAGGCAAGGAGUACCCCUUGGGGCGCAUCCUGAUCGGCAGCAGCUUCCCCAGGCUGGGUGGGCGCAGGAUGGCCAAGGCCGUGCGGGAUUUUCUGGUGGCCCAGAAGGUGCAGGCGCCCGUGGAGCUCUUCUCGGACUGGCUCCAGGUCGGGCACGUGGAUGAGUUCCUGAGCUUUGUCCCCGCGCCCGACCGGAAGGGAUUCCGGCUGCUCCUGGCCAGCCCCAGUGCCUGCUACCAGCUGCUCAAGGAGAAGCAGGAGGAGGGGUUCGGCGAGGCCGCCAUGUUCCAGGGGCUGGACAGGGUGCCCAAGCCGACCAUAAACGAGAUCUUGGCUAACGAAGAGCUCCGCAAGUUCAACGAUUACGCCCAGAGCUGCAUCAGCUGGAACCGGGACAUCCUGAAGCGCUCUCUGGGCCUGGCCGAGCCGGACAUCCUGGACAUCCCGCAGCUCUUCCAGGGCGACUCCACCUCGGGGGCAGAGGCCUUUUUCCCGAACAUGGUGAACAUGCUGGUGCUGGGCCGGCACCUGGGCAUCCCCAAACCCUUCGGGCCCGUGGUGGGCGGGCGCUGCUGCCUGGAGCAGCGGGUCCGGGAGCUGCUGGAGCCGCUGGGCCUCUCCUGCACCUUCAUCGACGACUUCUUCUCCUACCACGUCCUGUCGGGGGACGUGCACUGCGGCACCAACGUGCGCCGCAAGCCCUUCGCCUUCAAGUGGUGGCACGUGGUGCCCUGA